AUGGAUCAUACCGCAGAGUUCAGGAGAUGGAAGGCGCAGUGUCUGAGCAAAGCGGACCUCAGCCGGAAGGGCAGUGUGGACGAGAACGUGGUAGAACUUGUGCAGCUCCUGAAUGGGCGAGAACCGUACUUCACCACCAGUUCCUGCGCUGGGCGCAUCAUCCUCCUAGACGGGGAUAUAAAUGGUUUUGAGGUUCAAAAGCAAAACCGUUGCUGGCUACUGGUUACACACAAACCUUGUGUAAAGGAUGAUGUGAUGGCAGCUCUGAAGAAAGCAAAUGGUGAUGCCAUUUUGAAAUUUGAACCAUUCGUUCUUCAUGUGCAGUGUCGACAGUUGCAGGAUGCACAGAUUCUGCAUUCAGUGGCAAUAGAUUCUGGUUUCAGGAACUCCGGCAUAACCGUGGGAAAGAGAGGAAAGACUAUGUUGGCUAUCCGGAGCACACAUGGCUUAGAAGUUCCAUUAAGCCAUAAGGGAAAACUGAUGGUGACUGAGGAAUAUAUUGACUUCCUGUUAAAGAUAGCAAAUCAAAAAAUGGAGGAAAACAAGAAGAGAAUUGAAAGGCUUUAUAACUGCCUACAGCAUGCUUUGGAAAAAGAAAACAUUACUAAUGCACGUCCCAAGAGAAAAUCAAAGACAAAAAAUAAAUCAUCGUAUACUCGUAAGAAGGAAAGAAACCCAGAAGAAGCACACAGCAAAUGUUUUACUGAAGAAAAUGUUAAAGAAUGUGAAAAUGAUGAUGCCCUAGGAAUCAGUGUUACUAUCUUCCCUGAAGAUUAA